AUGGUUGAGAAGGAUAUGGAAGCUGGUAAAUUGGACGCACAUGUGUCUGAUUCUACAGAAGAAGUAGAAUUGAACUCAAAAAAUGAAGCAGAUAUGGAGAAAGAAGGCCAUGAGAUUGCUGGUGGCGAAGAAGGAGAAGAAGUAGUAGAAGCAUCUGAAAAAGUGGCUGAAGUAGAUGAAACAAAGAAUACUGAAGUUGAGGAAGAAACUGAUAUAAGGAUUGGAGAUGAGGGUCAGAAGGAGGUUGAUGAGACAGAAGAUAUGGAAAUACAUGGAGAUUCCGUUGUAGCUGAUUUAUCAGAAGGGAGGGACAACCAGGAUGAUAUGGAAAUGACUGAGUCACGGGAGGAGACCGUGAUGGCUGACACAGGGGAGGAAGAGCCAGAUGAAGUAGAUAAUGUUGAGGAAGAAAAUAGGAGCACUGGAGGAAAGAGGAAGCGUCGGAGAAAUUCAACACCCCUGAAAGAGUCGGGAAAGAAGAAAGAGGAAGUUGUCUCUUUCAUUUGCUUUGAUGGUGUUGGACUUUUUCUCUGCGACCGCAGGGGAUGCCCAAAAGCUUACCACCCUUCCUGUGUUGGUCGAGAUGAAGCUUUCUUCCGUUCAAAGGGUAAAUGGAACUGUGGAUGGCACCAUAGUAAAUGUGAGAAAACUGCAACCUACCUAUGUUACACAUUUUCGUUAUGCAAGGGGUGUGCCAAAGAUGCUAUUUUCUUUUGUGUGAGAGGCAAUAAGGGUUUAUGUGAAACAUGUAUGGACACAGUCAGGUUGAUAGAAAGCAAGGAGCAAGAGAAGAAGGAGCCGGCACAACUUGAUUUUGAUGACAAAAGCAACUGGGAAUAUCUCUUCAAGGAUUACUGGAUUGAUUUGAAAGCUCAACAACUAUCUUUAACUCUAGAGGAGCUCAACCAUGCUAAAAGCCCUUGGAAAGGGCAUGGGACUCAAGGUACUAAAACAGAGACUCCCAACAAGAUUACUUGUGCAGUUGAUGGAAGAUCGGAUUCAGUUAGUCCUCCAAAAAGGAGGAAGACUAGGAGACAAUCAAAGUCUGGUGGACAAAUCCUAUCAGCUAGUGAUAAAAGUUCAUCUGGUGAUGAGUGGGUUUCCAAGGAACUCUUGCACGUUGUCAUACACAUGAGACAUGGGGAUAGAUCUUUCUUACCUCAGUCAAAAGUACAUAGUCUCCUACUGGAGUAUAUAAAAAGAUACAAUCUCCGUGACCCUCGCCGGAAAAGCCAAGUUAUUUGCGACUCCAGACUUCAGAAUCUGUUUGGGAAGUCGCAUGUAGGAGACUUUGAGGUGUUAAAUCUACUCGAUUCUCAUUUUCUCAUCAAGGAGGAAUCUCAUGCAGAUGACUUCCGAAAUACUGUUAAUGAUACAGAAGCUAAUCAAGUGGAUGUUGAUGAAAGCUUGGAUCACCCAGCGAAAACUGGAAAGGAUAAGAAACGCCAAGCACACAGAAAGGGUGGCGGUAAAGGACGUCAGUCCAAUCUGGAUGAUUUUGCAGCAAUCGAUAUGCAUAACAUCAAUUUGAUAUACUUGAGGCGUAGCUUGGUGGAGGAUCUGCUUGACGAUAUUACGACAUUCCAAGAAAAAGUAGCCGGAGCAUUUGUUAGGUUAAGAAUAUCUGGCAAUCAAAAGCAAGAUUUAUACCGAUUGGUUCAAGUUGUUGGCGCAAACAAAGCUGCUGAGCCAUAUAAAGUUGGCAAAAAAACAAUCGACUUUGUACUUGUUAUAUUGAACCUUGACAAAACAGAAGUAAUAUCUAUCGACAUUAUAUCCAAUCAAGAUUUCACCGAGGAUGAAUGCAAGCGUCUCAGGCAGAGCAUAAAAUGUGGGCUUAUUAACAGACUGACAGGUGGAAUUCAAGAAGAGGCCACAGCGUUGCAGGAAGUGAGAAUUAAAAAUUUGCUAAAUGGAGAGAUUGUGCGUUUGAGUCAUUUGCGUGAUCGUGUAAGUGAUAUGGGUCGCAGAAAAGGACUCCGAGUAUGCAUCGAGAAAUUGCAAGUGCUGAAGUCCCCACACGAACGCCAACGGAGGUUAGAAGAAAUUCCCGAGAUAUAUGUUGAUCCUAGCAUGGAUCCAGAUUGUGAAUCUGAAGAUGAAGUUGAGAAAGAAGAGAAGGAAAAAGGUCUGUCAAAAACUUAAGAGAAAAUUUCUGGGCCGCGUAGCAGUAGCUUUAACAGGAGAGGAAGGGAACCCAUAUCUCCACGAAGGGGAACAUAUGGUUCAAGUGAUUCAUGGGGUGGCACCAUAAACUAUGUAAGCGGGAACCGUGAAUUAAGCAGAAACCUGUGGGGUAGAGGCUUUCCUAGUAGAGGGGAUAAUCUGGACCCUGGUGGAUCGGAUGAUAGGGCCAAUGAAAAUCUGUGGAGUUCAGGCAGAGAGAGAAAUGCACAACCUGCUAUCUCUGAGAAGACAAGAUCUGUUUCCCUGUCUGUGACUGGUUACAGAAAUUCCCGUCAUGUAGCAACAGCAGAGUUGUCUCCGAGGGGCUCGGAAUCUUUACCUGCUCCUCCAACUGCCGCUGUGCUGGAACCAGUUCCCCAGAUUAAUGAAUCAGAGAAAAUGUGGCACUAAAAGGACCCAUCUGGUAAACUUCAAGGACCUUUCUCAAUGGUGCAACUCUCUAAAUGGAACAACACUGGGUAUUUUCCCGCCGACUUGAAAAUCUGGAAGACAGCAGAAACACAAGCGGAUUCCAUUCUUCUGACUGAUGCAUUAGCUGGGCGAUUUCAGAAGCAAACCCAGACAACUGUUUAUGCUGGAGGAGGAUGGAAAUCUGAACCCGAACUCAGCUCGACCACCCGAAUUGCUCCAUCAACCAUUGAAAUCCUGAGGAAGUCCCAUGAUACUUGGAGUUCGGGCAGAAACCUUCUGUCCCCUACUCCAAAUCAGGCCACGACUCCAACAACCGCUGCAAGGAGGCAAAAUUAUGAGAGCCGAUGGUCCCCGACUCCUGCUCAGGCACCAACUGGCGUGAUACAGGGACAGGGAUGCAUGCAAACCAAGAAAUUAGAUUCUGGUAGUUCUACUCAGAUUCCAUCCCAUGGACACAGGGCUGAUGCUCCAUCUUCUUCCCAGAGUCCCUCCCCAUCCGUCAAGGCUGUAACUCCGGGUGUCUUCCCAUUCGCCCAGCAACCAAAACGUGGCACAAACGCAGCGCCAGAUGCCUGCAAAUCCGAACAUGGGAUGGGGUGGAACGAACAUGAACUGGGGGUCUUCCAUUCCCAAGACUCCGGUUGGGGAGGGCCUAGUCAAGGGCCACCCCAAGCGUAUCCAAACCCCGGGUGGGGUAUGACUGGCCAAGCUCAAGCUCAAGCUCGAGUUCCCGGAAACACUGGCUCGGGUUGGAUGCAACCAGUUACUGGAAAUCCAAACUGGGGUUCUCACAGUCAAGGUCGAUCCCAAAUGGGCCAGGUGCGUUAUGGGGAAACCAACAGAACCAGAAUGGAGACAGGUUUGGGAACCAGAGGGAAGGAGGAGAUUCGGGUUAUGGUUGGAACAGACAGUCUUGGUCGGGUGGGCAGAGAGUAUGCAAGUUUUUCAGAGGAAACGGAUACUGUAGGAUCCAUAACCAAGUCCUCAGCUUCUUUCUUGUUCCAUAACUAA